AAAAACGCGCAUCCAGCUUCUAGUACUAGAUGCUUUAUUCUUUGUUGAAUUUAUUGCACGCAGACGGGCGUAGUUCGUAAAUUUGAAUUUCUACACGUCGACUUCGAGAACUUUCAUUCGAUCUUGUCCUUUCAUUGAUUUUGCCAAUACAAUUUUUGAGUACAACCCGUAAACAAAGUCAAAGAUGGCAGACCACGAGGACAGCAGUGAAAAUCAGAUGGUCAUCCCGAAGCGUGUCGGAAUCGAAGGCAUGGGUAGUUAAGGGCGAGGUUCUCCUCCUUGUUGCUGAAAACCACUCACCGUCUUCUGUAGACAUUGCAGCAACUGACGCUGUGAAACAAAUCAAAGAAGAAACCAGACGAGGACGUCUGUGCAUCGAAGAUGGAAGAAGUAGACGGCGCUGCUAGCAGUGGAACGUCGUCGAGGCGAGGAAGAGGUUGGGUAUGUACAAGAACUACUUCGACUUCCGAACCUUUACGGGUCGGAGAAGGCGCGGCGGCCGCAAUGAGGAGCUGCAGCUGCCCGAGUAGACACAACAAAGUUUUUCACCGGGGGAGAAGAAUGAGAAUGAAGACAUCGCCCGAAAGUAGACUGCAUGGAAACGACAACUACUCCCCCGCCCCCGUGACCGUGAGGGGAUUUUCAACAUUACUAACUGCAACUUUGAGCAGCUGUUUGGCGAAUUCCACCUUAGCGUCGGCACUGCUGUGGUGGAAAAAGAGGAGGAGAAAAAUAAAAACAGCAAAUAGAGGCGGAGGCGGAGCCGCGGUUCCCGCUCCGCCGAAAAUACAAGCAAAGCCCAUGAUUCUACACGAUCGACAUCACUCCUGGAGGUUUGUUUCAAGAACUACAUACCAGCAGUUUCUCCACUUUCUCCUCUGUUCCUGCCUGUCAGCUAGCACCAGGCUGAUCUACAUCUACUUACUUCUGCACCACCCCGCUUCAAUAUUCCUCUUCCCCACGACCCCCGUCAACGCCCAAAUGACCAAACCGCCGACCACGUCAACGUUAGCGCUUUCCAACGGAGUAACCAUCUACCACCCGAUUCUGCAGACCAACCAGACGCGGUGUUGGCCGCUGAAACGGAGCUUGUGCGACACCUACCGCCACGGCAACCCCUGGAGCUACGGGGAGUUUCUGAACACCUCAGAGUGGCUGCCCCACCGGCCGGUAAAAUCGGUGCAACGCUUCGUGGGGCUGAAAACCAACCUGCCGCAACUGGCCUCGACCGUGUCCGUCUCGAGCAGCACGGUCGCGUAUGGGGUUCUCAAACGUUAAUACAUUCCCAACUGUUACAUGAUUUUGUCAUGCAGAAGCACUAUCAUCAUCCUCAAGAUCAAGCUGCUCCGCAUGAUAAAUUUGCGAAGGGCCAAACCUCACCUAAGUAAUGUGCCAAAUCUGUCAUGCAAAAGGCGCAACCUUCCCCCUUUCAGUUUUGCCAUUCUUGCAUCACAACAGUUGAGAAUGUAGCAGUUGAGAACGCCAUAUCGCAAAGGACGGGCUUUUCGUCGAUGCCAGCCACUCGCUGGGAAGCAACGGCGACAUCUACGGCGACCCAGCACCCGUGGCUUUUGGGACCGCGAUAGAAUACCAGCAGUGUAUGCAUCGCGAAUGUAGUAUCGUGGUGUUUGUCGUACUAAUCACAGUCGUGCUUGACAGAUCUAGUAUUGCGCCACGACCUGUAGGGAAAUCAGCAUAUACAAAUUGCAUCUCUUCUUUUGGGAGAAUUUGUUUUGCGAGUUAGACAAGUAGGGCGAUAUUUGUUUUGCAAUGCAUAGAAUACACAGCCCAACAGUACUUGUUUACGUACCUCAACUCGUUUCCGGUCCUGAACAAUGUGAAAGACGGUGAGCUGCAGAAGGUCGGCGCCGCCGGCACCGGUGCGGAGUGUUUCGGCGUCAUGUGCCUGCUAUGCAUUCUUGCAACAGCAUCGCACUAGUAGUGAUCGCAUUACAAAUGAAGUAGCUCAGCAUGAUGACAAAUCGAAUUUGUGAUGCUGAUUCACCUUGAGCAAAAGAUUUGUCAUGCAUAAACCGCAAUGACUACGGUACGAGUGCGAUACUUUUGCACCCGAUACCUGCUCGUCGAGAUGUCUACUGCCGCGACAAACGCCGCCAACGCGCUUGGCUAUCGAUUGCAAAUAUGUCUGGGUCUGGAAGGUUUGAACUUGUAAUGCUGGUCUUGCAUUCCUGUGAAAUCUGCGCUGCAUGACCUAGAAAACAAGUUGCAGGAGCCUCUUGUGUCAUACAAAAACGCAGUUUCUCAUGCGGACUGCCUAUAAGAAAGCGCUCUGGAGGAAAGUUGUCAUGCUGGGCUGCGUUCGAAAGUGUUUCCAUCGUCCACAUUUUAGCAUCACAAGUUUCCAGACCCAGAUGACAUUUUUGCAUUUGAUAUCGGCACGGCAUCCACCACCACCGGACAGACGAUGCUGUACCUGAACGCCUUGCCGCUAUCGCAACUGUAUCCCGUGCAAACGGAUUGGUGUAUUUGGCGUAGCAAUUGCUAUUGCAAUUUUAUGCAUGACAAACUCAAACGACCCACGAGGACUUCGACUUUCUUACCACAAUCGCCAUUCGUGGUCUCUUAUGAGAAAGUUUCAGGUCGUUGUGUACGCAAUUGCUACGAGGAGAAUGAAUCUCAAUCUUACAAUGCAUAAACUUCUCGCGAUGUCCGGAGGGGCGGCCACCUCUUCUGGAGGAAACAACGCCACGACUGGGGAUAGCACCGGAGCGGGAACCUCGGCAACGCAUGCCGCACCGGAGGUGUUCGAAAAGACAUCCCUCUCCCUCUCGUCGGUGGUGCACAGAAGGUUAAACCAGGACUGCAUUUUAUGCAGUGUUACAAUUGCUUUUGCCUCCCCACCCCGCCGCGGCUCGAGUUUGUUUGUCAUGUAAAUUAAACCGAUUUGUAAAUGAACAUGAAGAUCAUGGUCCACAACUGCCUCUACCGUUGGUGCCACGGACUCAUGGACUUUCACCUACAAAAUCCGAGUUGCUCUUGAGGCUCUCUCUCUGUCUACUGAUGCUGUUUAUGCAAGACGAAGACAACUUUUUCAGUUUUAUGAUCUUCAUCAGCUGCAGCCCCCGGGAACUGGUGGGGCAUACUAAUUUCCGUUGCAUACUCUCCCGGUGUUACGGGUGUGCUUCUGGAGUUUCCGGUGCCCGACAAAGACACGCGGUUUGAAAUCUACUGGGGUGAUGGGCGAUUGCUGCUGCCGUUUGACCGAAACCUGCAAAAGGUUCCAAACCUUGGCUUAGCGGACAAUCCCCUGACAGCGUGCCAUAUGCACUGCAAAAGACAAAGAGUAGCUCUACUGAGUUGUUGUACUGUGUCUGUGCGCAACACGACGCAAUAUCAAACAGCACGACGACGUGCAUGAGAAACUGAAUCAAGAAGGAUCCGAGUAGUAGAGGAGGUUCCGAGAUCGCCGAAAAAGAUAUUUAAGAAGGAGCAUUGAUGUCUUAUGGUGCGCAAAACCUCGAACGCGAGUGCUCUUUUUGCAGUGCAUAGACCAUCCGAAUAUCGAGAUGAUCGUACGGGAAACCGACCCAAACGCCGAUCGAUAUGGAGUUCUCAAAUGUUACACUCUCAACUGUUACGCGAAUUUGUAUAUGCAAGAACGGCAAAGGUGAAAGGGGGAAGAUUGCUCCUUUUGCAUUACAAAUUCCGCACAGAUUUACAUGCUGUUUAGCCCUCCGGGGAUUUGUCAUGCGUAGCCGCUUGAUCAUCUGUUCUGGCGGCGUAAGGUACUUUUGCAUGACAAAGUCAUGUAACAGUUGAGAAUGUAACAGUUGAGAUCGCCAUAGUCGAAUCAUUCCGCAGAAUCUACCGACGUUCGACAUAGGACCCAUGGAGUACUGCACGCAUGAGAAGGUAGUGCAGAAGUGUUUGGAUAUUUUACACGAUAUUGUGCUGCAACAAAAUUUUAAUUAUGAAGUGUGCUCCUGUGUGCUACCCAUACCCUCUUGUUCUUCUUCGUUAUGCAGAAAUGCUUCUCCGUAGUUCUGACGUGAUUUAGUAUACUUGACAUUCACAGCUCAUGCUCAAGUCAACUUCAGCACUGACAUAAAAAAACAGGCCAUGCAGCAGUGUUGCUGGAUAGAGUGCGGUUACUACAUAAUGGAUUCCCGGAGUAAUCCGCCAAACGGGCCGCUCUGCUGGUUUGCUUUGGAAUACGGAGAGUUGCCACUGGGCACGUCUUAUGCAUUGCAAAUGUUGCUGGUUCUGGAAGAGUCAGACUCAGAGUUUCAGUUUAUCAUGCUAGAAUUUCUGGGUGACACAAAAAUCUGUAGUGCGUGAGCAGCAGAAGCCGCCCAUUCUUGGGCACCCGAAGGAGGCAUUUGUCGUGCAGGAUAGGAGGCAUUCCAGAGUCUUGACCUUCUCAACAAAGCGUGUGACACUACAGCUCAGACGUUCUGGGCCAUGCGACGAGACCUGCAUGACAAACCUUGCAAUCUUGGAGAGCCAGAAAUAUUUGCUCUUGACACGUCUAAAACACCGGAAUACACCGUGUGGCGGGUGCAGUAUGAAUUGCAAAUAUAUCGUAUUUGCUAGGAGUAAUUGCAUCACUACAAAUUAUUUGCUUAGCAUGACGGGAAGGGAAUUUGUAAUGCGGAUGUAGCUUAACGAAGAUGUUUGUCAUGCUUAAGUGCAAAAAUUACUACGAUAAUACGAUAUUUUUGCAACGCAUAUUGAGCGCGUGUCGGCGAAGGUCCGCGAGGACACCAUCAAUGACGAAAUGGAAAACCCGACCGGAAUGCUCAGUUUCGGGGGGAUCGUCCAGGACUCUCUCGACUCCAUUGACUUGGAAGCCGACUAUAUCGCAAGAAAAAACUGUUUCAAUAUGAACUUGUGAUGCAGAAAAUGCAACACAGAACUACUUGUCUUGCUACACGACCUGCAAGACACUGGAUUUUCAAGCGUGUUUUCGAUUAGGAAGCGCGCAUGACAAAUUUUCAGUGUCGUGUGUGACAAACUUGUGAUGCAGAUCUUGCAAAAUCAUCACAGUGAAGCAGUUUUUUCGUGGGAUAGACUACCCAAAACAGCGGCUCCAUGCGGGCGUCGCGAAGACCUACCAACCCUGCGCCUACUGUUCGGUGCGACAAGAAAGCGUGAACAGCCCGCGCGGGAUUCAGGAGUUGCAUGCGGGGAAACGGUCACCGAUGGGGGAUUACAACGAGGAGACGGGUAAGAUGAGCGUGAAAAUCGUUUGGGAACCCCACGUGAUCGAGCCGUUGUUGCAGUUGGGCGGUUUUCCCACCUUCGACCACUGGGUCCAAUCCGGAAACGGGUCGAGCGUAUCAAAUGUAAAAGUGUCUGGGUCUCCUGGAAGAAUGCCAAACUUGUAAUGCAGGUUUUCCAUGACCCAUGAGGUCUGGUAUGUAGGACAUAGCAUGACAGAUUCUGCGUUAGUUCUAUCAUGCCUGUCCUGCAUGAGAAACUGCCUCUCGAUGAGGUCAAAAGUGGACAGCUUUUGGUAAUCAUGCAGCACAAAUUUUUGCAUGACUCAGAUUUAGCAUGACAAGUUGCAAUCUUCAUCCAGACCCAGACACAUUUGCAAUCCAUAGAGCGGCUAUCUGUACAACCUGGAACAAAUCCCCCUGCUUAUCCUAAGCAAAAACGUCCCCACGACCCCAUAGUCCAUUUGCGAAUCUAGCAACACAAAUCUCCAAGUUUUCGGAGCUGUGCAUGACAAGCUUCCCCGUGCAUUGUAGUGCUGGUUAGCAAGGGAAGUCGCAUGAGAAAGCCAUUCUCUCAUCCUGUUUACAGCAGUACAAACUCCAAAACGCGACUGGUUGGUAAUGCCUCUCGUGGAUCUGCGCAUUGCAAAUAUUCCUGUCAUGGCGCAUUUGCAUGACAACCCUGGGGUGGGGACGUUUUUACUUGGGAUACUGCUUACAGAGCAGGAGGCAAACAACCUGACGAACCGGGACCAAGUGAUGCGCACGCAGAUUCAGUUUAUGCAUUGCAAAUAUGUCUGGGUCUGGAAACUUGUGAUGCUGGAUGGCGUAUCAUGAGGAGGCCACAAAUGCUGGCUAAGCAUGACAAGUUUCUGAGCUCCUUCUAGGUGUUGCCUAUUCUGCGUCACAAACUGCGUUUCUGCAUGACAGAAAAAUAGAGCUCUUGGGUAACGUGCGUGACAGAUUUAAGAGCCAUGCCAGACAAGCAUGGCAAACAGACUGACAACAUAUUUGCACUUGAUUCAGUUCAACAACCUACAAAAACCGGGGUUGCGGCUCUUUGUCCGGGUCUACGAGCAGCGGACCACCUCGGACUCCGACUUUUGGAAGGUGAAUAUCAAACAAAAAAGUGUAUAACGUUAACGGUUUUCACUGAUGGCAGUCAUGCAUUACAAAUUUUGCCUUCCAUGCAUGCUAUGCAAUACAAAUUUGCGCACCUCCUUUUCUGAUGGAUCACUGCAUCACAAAUUCCGUUAACGUUAACACUUUUUCCUGUGAUAGUGAACCACACGGAUGCGGUCAGUUUCAAGGACGACCAUACGCUUCGCAAAAGUAUCGUACUCGUAUGAAUGCAUCACAAAUUUCCUCAGCAUGAGAAAUGCUACAAAUAAAAUCUGCAAUGCGGAAUUACCUUAAGGACAGGAUUUGUAAUGCAUGGUUGCAAUGCGAGUGCGAGACUUUUGCACACGAUAGACCAGAAGGUGGAGCAAGGCUGGACCGCGAACCGAAAAGCAAACGGAGACCUGGUGAAUUGGAUCGACAAGGGGGUUUUUCCGGGGUAUUUAUGGAUUGCAAAUAUGUCUGGGUCUGGAAACUUGUAAUGCUAAAAGUGAAUGAUAGACGCACUGCAAUACGCAGCUAUGCAGGUGGACAAAUCUGCUGCUGGCUGCCAUGUCUUACGUAUUCCGCAUGGCGAACUGCGUGUUAGUUUGUAUGACACGUAAGGGGGCCUUUUCGUGCCUAUGCAACACAGAUUCUCGAGUAAUGCCAGAAACGCAUGACAAACUUGCACUCUUCCAGACGCAGACAUUAUUGCAUUCGAUAGUAUUUUCUGGAGUCCAAGUUUCAGGAAUCGGCGGAGUACUACCCAGUGAACCCUUUUUUCGACCCCGAGAAUCCGUUAUGAUAGUGGACAUAGGUCUUCUUGCUCUGCAGGAGGCAGAUUCUGCAUGGAUGGAAAGAUGCACGAAUAAACUACCGGACUUCAUCAUCGGCAAAUCCAAAUAUGCGCAGCUGUUUGAGCUAUUCAUGCGGACGAUGAACUUGCCAUGCAAAGAACUUCACGGACGAACAAAGCGCAACGAGCACGAGCAGUAUUCUGCAUUUUGCAUUGCAAAUGGUUGUCCACUAGCAUAUGGUUCGAAAAACUGGAACUGCUACGCGGGGCGAUCCGUGCCGGUGCCGGACCUCAUCCCCUGGACUAUGAGGGUGCACAACUUCCCGUCCUUCUCAUUUGUAGUUGUACUGCAGCAAGGUAUUCAAUGCACAGUUUACGACGUUUGCGUUUGCCUCUAUGCACGGUUUUCAUGACACAUUUUGGAGCAUCAAACAGUACUGCAGUACGUGUUCAGAUUUGAUGUCGCGAAGAUGAAGCCACAUUUCCGGCGUUGCGUGUGCUGCUGCUCAUGCCAUUCAAAUGCGCGGGAGGGGGGUUGUGCGCCGUUAUAUGGAGCCGAGCGAAUGCGGAGCUGUUUUCAUAUCCACAGGAAAUAGUAUUGCAUUUUCCGUACUGCGUGUACGAUUCCAAAUACAUGAUCAAAUGCGGUUCCUGCAUAAAAAAGCUUCUUUCCCACGCUAUUCAGCAUGGCAAGCAGUAUGUUUCCCUAGGUUCGUGGCGAUAAAAUUUGUGGUGCAUUUUGUAUAUGACCACCAGUACUGACGGGAAAUUCAAAUUUGUAUUGCAUACUUCAGACGCGCAGCCUAGAAGAGGUGGUGGAGGUACGAUACGAAAUAGGUUGGGAUUCCUAUUUACGAUAACCACGACGAUCAUCGCCUCCGCGAUAAUACCUACCAGACCUUAGUGUACUACCACAGUGCUAUAGUACCAAUGACUAUCUACAACGAAAGGAAUAUACCGCGAUGAAGAUGAACAAGCGCUAGUAGCCCCUUGCAACAUCAAGUUUUCUUUUCCCGCCAAAACUACAAAAUAGAAAAGAAAAA